CACGUUAGUCGAACUCGGCAAAACCCUAGCUCGCCGGGAGCUCUAUUUAUUUUAUCCGACUCCCAUAAGAUAAAAAGGCCCUCUGUGACGCCGCUGCUUGCUUUCUCCGCUGAGGUCGGCUUCUGAAACCCUAUCAGUUCAAGCCCAACAUCCCCUCUGGAAUGGCGCCGAAGAAGGAGAAGGCUCCUCCCCCGUCUUCUAGGCCGGCCAAAUCCGGUGGAGGGAAGCAGAAGAAGAAGAAGUGGAGCAAGGGAAAGCAGAAGGAGAAGGUGAACAACGCCGUGCUCUUCGAUCAGGCGAGCUAUGAUAAGAUGCUCUCCGAAGUUCCAAAGUACAAGCAGAUCACUCCCUCCGUGCUGUCUGAAAGAUUAAGGAUCAAUGGAUCACUGGCAAGAAGGGCAAUAAAAGAUCUAAUGGCGAGGGGUUCCAUCAGGAUGGUAUCUUCCCAUGCCAGUCAACAAAUUUACACAAGAGCAACCAAUACCUAGACUGGUCUUGCUCCCCCUAAUUCUUUAAGGGGUCAGGUCAAUUCGCAGUUUCGUUCUUGGUUGAUGAUGUCAGUUUCCAUAUAAGAGUUAGUGAUUUGUGCUUUUUGUGUCUUUUGUAACAAAACAAGGCGGCCUCUUUUUGGAUCCUUUGUUCUGUCGUUGAUUAAAUUCUGUAGAAGCUAAAUGGAUUUUAAUAUUUUAUGCUAUGAUUUAGCGAAAAAAAAGAAAUUUCCAUGCUUCCUCUUUUGGUCUUGAAGU